GUGUGAUGUACUACAGUAGCAGUGAGAUAACGCCACUGGCUGCAGGGAGGGUCUGUGUCACCUUUACACCUGGGGAAGUGCACACAGAAAGGAGGGUGAGACCUGACCGAAACCGCAGAGAGUGACAGCAGGAGCUGCUGAACUUUGCUCCAGCCUGGGAAGGGCUGCUACACCUGGCACAGGGCAGAUACCUGCUCGCACAGCCUCACCUGGAUGCAGGGAUGAUGCGCACGGAUGGUGGCUGUGUGCGCAACGAUGGCACAGCGCAAUAGCGCUCACUGGCCGGCUGCAGCUCACAGGAUAUUCCAGAAAAAUGGCCGCUCUUCCUGCGUCAGAGAGAGAAUUUUUAAAAAGGGUCAAUGAAAGUGCGAUGGAAGAUGAUAUAUUUUAUAUGUACGGGUCCACAGCAGCUCACGUCACAGAGGAGACAGAAUAUGUUCGUAAGAUCCGAACAACCUUAGAGAAAAUUCAAAGUCAGUUAUUUAAAGAUGAUAUAAAUGGAAGAAUAACACAUGAGAAGAAUUCUUCUCCGAUACAUCAGAAUGGGUGCAGAGAAGAAGACUCUUUUGGCUCUCGAUACAGACGCAUCAUAGACAAGUUAAAUGACCAAGACUUGCAGCUAGUCGACGUUCACAGGGAAAAUGAAGAUCUUCAAAUAAAGCUGGAAGCAACACGAGAAGCCGGAGCAGGCGCAAUAAGAGACGCAACACGGAAACUGUAUGAAAGUUACAGCAAGAAAUCUGGUGAGCUGCGGAAGUGUCACGUAGAAGAGAAGCAGCGAUUACAGGUUUCUGCUGCUGAACAUGAAGAUCAGUUUAAGAAGAGUGUUGAGAAGUUGGAGGAGGUGGCGGAGAAAAUUCAAGAGAAACACGGACGAAUCCUUGAACUGGAGAAGCUGAUGGAAAGAAUGGAAGCUGAAAAUGCAGCUUUGGUAGAAAAGAAACAUUUUCUUGAAGAUGAACUCUCAAAGCGAAUGGCCGAUCCUUCCAACAAGAAUGGUUGUGUGAUGAUUCAAAAUGAAGUUUUCACGGUACAGGAGCAAAUCGGUCACCUGCAGCAGUUAAUGAUGUCUCAUCACCAGCACCUUCGCGCUCUAAUUCAGGAGAUUGAAGAUUUGAAGGACCACCUGAAAGAACAAGAUGCCAGAAUUGGCGAAUUAAAGGAUAGAAUUAAUUUCCUGGAAUGUCAGAACAAAGAACUAAAAUAUAAGGUGGAUCACUGGUCUAGCCCCAAGUCCAAAGUGUCCAAAGCAACAUCUGUAAAUGAUUCCAUGCUGGGCGCCCUGUCCCCCUACUUUAUGUUGCUGAAACACAAGAACAGCCCGGGAGGCAGCUGAUACCAGUUUCGUACAGUGAGCGUCUCAUUACUCGCCAGCUGAACUGUGCUGCCAUAAACAACGUCACUACAGAGCCUGGGUCAUGGACAUGUACGAUGUAUACAGCUCCGUUGUUCUCCUUACACCUUAUAGCGCAGAGGAGAGUUGGACAAGGAUCCUAUAAUCGUGGGAGUUUAUUCUGACCUGGACUAUAUACUGUGAUCUAUGCAAAAAUGAAACAUGGUCUCAGGAAUGCGACCUGGUUAAAUGUAUUUAUUUGUGAGAACCUGCUAGUAAAUGAGUGACCAGUAAUGAGUUACUGUAGAUACAUAAUCAUAUUUAUUAAAGCUGAUUUGUGGUGUAUUUGCUGGCAACCCCUAGUGCCAAUUCAGUUAUCUCUAUAUGGGUUGGUAUCAGGAUCCCUGUUCAUAUGUCGUUCAAGGCCCUCAAAUGCAGUUUGUUUCAAUACAGAACGGCAUCUUAUAUAUCCACAUGUAGAUUACAUGAUGUAACUGUCUCCUUACCACAAAGGAACCAGUGCCAAAGGUACAAAAGAGGUUCCCAAUGUCUUUUACAGUCUCAGGCUUAGUUUAAGUAUUAAACCAGACUGAACCAAGCAUUGGCCCUCAUUCCGAGUUGAUCGGUCGCAAGGCGAAUUUAGCAGAGUUACACACGCUAAGCCGCCGCCUACUGGGAGUGAAUCUUAGCUUCUUAAAAUUGCGACCGAUGUAUUCGCAAUAUUGCGAUUACUAACUACUUAGCAGUUUCAGAGUAGCUCCAGACUUACUCUGCCUGUGCGAUCAGUUCAGUGCUUGUCGUUCCUGGUUGACGUCACAAACACACCCAGCGUUCGGCCAGGCACUCCCACCGUUUCCCCGGCCACUCCUGCGUUUUUUCCGGAAACGGUAGCGUUUUCAGCCACACGCCCCUGAAACGCCGUGUUUCCGCCCAGUAACACCCAUUUCCUGUCAAUCACAUUACGAUCGCCGGAGCGAAGAAAAAGCCGUGAGUAAAAAUACUUUCUUCAUAGUAAAGUUACUUGGCGCAGUCGCAGUGCGAACAUUGCGCAUGCGUACUAAGCGGAUUUUCACUGCGAUGCGAUGAAAAAUACCGAGCGAACAACUCGGAAUGAGGGCCAUUGUUUUAGCAUUAAAAUUGUAUAUAAAUCGGUCGGGGGUUGGACUAUUGAAGAGGAAUUUCCAGGUUUGCUCAGUGGCCUACUUAUAUAGUUAUGCCUUUCUGCAAACCCGGGCGCACGUCUGGUCUGCAAAGGUGUUUCUAGUCAGGGGACAGUAGGCAGGACACCUUGAUGCGCAGGGGGCAGGCCAUUCAGACACACAGGUGGCAAGCUGAGAUUUAUUGCAGUGUUUCAUAUGUGAGAUCCUCUCUCGUACUGCAACUAUUUCAAAAACUAUUUCUGCCUAUUACUUGUAGUAUGGAACAUUUCAUACUGUACAUACUGUAAGCGAAUGUACAGAACUGCAGUGACACAAAUGGAGCUCGGCAAAAAUGCCAAGAAAGCAGCCGCCAUAGGUUCACUCUUGUGGCCUAACACGGGGGAUCACAGCAGAUAUCUGCCGCAGUCCCCUGUAGAUACAUACAGGGGAUACAUUAUAUUUGCAGCUACCCCCCAAAAAAUGGGUAUUUUGGGGGGGGAUAUCCUGCAUAUCUUAAUUGAUAAAAAGGCCCCUGAAUCUUGUACAGUAACAUCCUUUGACAACAGUGAGAGUCCUUAAAAAAAGCACAUUACACAAUGCAAAGCCAGCUCACGUCUCAGGUUUGUGCUAGUGAUAACCGGGAAAGCACCAGGAGCUGUGGGGGAGGAGUUGGGAACAAUGAGAAUGUGAUUUGCAAUAUAUGGGCAUACUGGUAUGUCUGUGUGGCUCAAGAUCAGAUAAUUGAGUUGGGUGGAGGGGCACAGUCUUAAAAACUUUCCUGAUGAUGACAACAUUGGUACGGCCACUUCAGUUCCUCUACUAGGAGCUUUGCACCAACUCAGAGCUGCAGGUCUUUGAGUCCUGUCCAAUAUUUAUUCCGCUCCUGGACCUCAAUGUUGCCGGUUGCCAGAGAAGCACAUUGCCAUAUGCACUUUGUCCAUUGUAAAACAAAGCUUCAAACACACACUUAUUCAUUUCAGCGACAACCUGAGCAGUAUUCUAGGAGGAUAAUGUACAGGUGGAAUACAA